AUGAAUAGCGAGCAUCAAGGAACUCAGAAAUUUCACUCUUUUGCUUUCCCUUCUCCUUGUAGCCUGGACUCCCAUCCCUCCGUCUCUAUCGCUCCCUCCGAGAACAGAAUCUAAAGCGAAACCCUAGGACAGUUGCGAGCACAGAAAAUGGGAAGGCCGGCGCAGGAGGCAAUUGAUAUGUUUAUGAGCAUCACCGGCGCAUCCGAGGCCGUGGCCGUGCAGAAGCUUGAGGAAUAUGGUGGCGAUCUAAAUGAAGCUGUUAAUUCCCACUUCAGUCAAGGCGAUAGGAUGAAUUCUAGCACUGCAGAUGUUCCUGUGACUCGCAAUGAUUUUAUGGAUAUAGAUGAUCCUUUUAAUAUUACGACAGCAGCCCCUGCACUUCCCCCAUUUUCAGCCAUUCGAAGGCUGAACCCAUUUUCAAUUCUUGAAUCACAUUUUGGCCAGAGUCUUUUUGAUGGGGGUACAAAUGAGUUAACCACCCAAGCUCCACGGGUUUCACACCCAAGGGAUGUGAGGGAGAUUCCAAUUGAGUUUAAGGAUGAGAAUUCUCAUUCAGGUUCUUCUGGCCAUGGACCAAAAAUUGAGGAUAUUACUGGAAGUGUUUCUGCGAAUGAAACUGUGGUUCAUGGAACUGUUAUUAUUGAUGAUGGGGAGGAUGAGGUUCUUCCUGCUGAUCAUGGUGCUAACCACUCUGCCGGUGUUUCUGCUAGAAGACAUCCCACAACAAAUUUUACCCCUUUGGCAGAUGUGACUGACUACUCCAAUGAUAUAGAAGAAGAAAUGAUAAAAGCUGCAAUUGAAGCUUCAAAGAGGGAGGCUUUGGAAUAUGGAAGGCGGCAAUAUGAUGUUUCAGAUGAUUCUUUUGUUUUGGAGGAGUCUGAUCUUGCCCAUGCGGUGACUUUGUCUCUAAAGACAGCAGAAAAAGAAAGUGAAUUACGCGCUAAAGGUUUGGAUAUAGGUGAGCAGUCUUUCAAUGCAUCCGGCAGCAAGCCAGAAAAUUCUGGAAGCCUGCGCUUAAAUGGAAGUUGGAGCCAAGGGCCUGAGAGAUCAAGGCCUCAAACUUCUAAUCAAUCAAACAUGAAUGAAGGAGAUCCAUCAUUCGAAGAUGAAGUUGAUGAUGCAGAUGAAGAGCCACUGAUUGUACACCGUUCUAGACCUGCUGCCUCUGGAAAUGCUCCUGAACAGAUUUUGAGUACUCUGUCAAGCCCACGACGACAUGAAAUUGCCAGGCAUGCAAGACAUAAUGGAGACACAUUCAAAUCUGAUGAGUGGGGCGGCAUCUCCUCUGAAGAGCAUGAUGAAGCUGUGAUGCUUGAGGCAGCCAUAUUUGGGGGGGUUCCUGUUGGAACUUCAUAUCAUUUUGAAUACCCUCAUCAAGUUAUGCCGAGCAAUUAUGAUAGGGCACCUCAUCCACCAUCUCCAAGGCUAGCUGAACAGCGAAUGCUAAGAGAGCAGCAGGAUGAUGAGUAUCUUGCAUCCCUACAAGCAGAUAGAGAAAAAGAAUUGAAAGCCAUGCAAGAGACUGAUAAGCGCCGACUGGAGGAGGCAGCCGCUUUAGAAGCUGCUGUCAAGAGGGAAAAACAUCAAGAGGAAGAGGCUUACAGGAAGCAGCUUGAAGAAGAGGAAUUUGAGAGGAAACUUGCUGCAAAACAAGCAUCGCUUCCUCAGGAACCUUCUGUUGACAAUGAAAAUUCUGUGACGCUUCUUAUUCGUAUGCCUGAUGGUAGUCGUUGUGGGAGGCGUUUUCUGAAGUCUGACAAGCUGCAGUUACUCUUUGAUUACCUAGAUGUUGGAAGAUUGGUGAGGCCUGGUAGUUAUAGAUUGGUAAGACCCUAUCCUCGCCGUUCGUUCACAAAUAAAGAAAGCCAGCUAUCUCUAAGCGAACUUGGCCUGACAAGUAAACAAGAGGCUUUGUUCCUCGAGCUUAUCUAAUCCCUCUCUACUCUCUCUCUCACCAUCUUUUGUAUGGUUAUAUUUAUUUUCUUAAGACUAAAAAGCUGCUCUGCAAAUCCAAAUGCUCAGAAGUAUUGAAGAAAUUUAGCUGAUCUUGGUCUAUGGGGAAAAAGUAUGGCUGUUUUACCUCGACUUUUAGUUUUUUUUUUCCUUUUUUCUUAAUUUAUUUUUAUAUUUGUUCGUUAUAAAUUAGCAUCAUAUAUAAAUAUAUUUAUACAUAC